UGAAGUAAAUCUUGUCAUCAUCUAAAACACUGUGAUUUGCAUAUUGUAGCUUUUACCAUCACGCUACCGGUCUACUCUGAUCGUAACAACGCUUAAAUAAUCAAACAUUUGUCACGAAACCGGGCUUUUGAUAAUUUCUCCUGGACCAAUCAAAUACAUCGUUACAUUGCCUCGCACCAAAACACAAACUACGCCAUUUGUAUUUCAUGCGGGUAGACUGAGAACCAACAAAAUGCUGUACUUGGAAGAUUACUUGGAGAUGAUCGAAAAUCUGCCUAUGGAAAUGCGUGAAAGGCUAACUGAAAUGCGUGAAAUGGAUUUGGAAGUUCAAAAUGCUCUUGACAGUCUGGAGGAAAGGGUCAAGACUUUUUUCACCAAAUGUGUUACACCAAAUGUGAAGCCUGAAUGGAAAGAAGAACAGUUUCAGAAAAUAAAACAGGAUUACUAUAAGGCCAAAGAGGAUGCAGAUGAAAAAGUGCAGUUGGCUAAUCAUAUAUAUGACUUGGUUGAUAGGCAUUUACGAAAACUUGAUCAAGAGCUGUCCAAAUUCAAGAUGGAGCUAGAAGCAGAUAACGCAGGAAUCACAGAAGUAUUAGAAAAACGAUCCCUUGAGUUGGAUAAACCUCAGCCUCCUAUAAGUAACCCACACAAGGCAGAAAAGAGACGACUACCUCAGACCUCUUCUCUGGUGACCAAUCAUGCCCCAGAGAAACGGCCAACCACCGAAGUGCUUUCAAAACUAGCGACAGAGGCAGCAAAGGAAGUGAUUCGCCGGUCCGACUCUGCCGGGAACUCCCCUGCCAUGGCCAUGUUCAACUCCAGUGCAAGCUCAUCUCCUAUUGCAUAUAACUUAGGUCAUAUUGGUGCUGGAAGCAAUGCUGCCAUAGCUGCUGCUGCAUCUCAGGCCAUCGCUGCCACACAACAGAUGCAGCAAGGACGGAGGACCUCCAGCAUGAAAGCCAGCUAUGACCUGAUGGGUCGCCCGAUUCCUGUUGUCGCAAAAGAUUUGUCCUUGAGCUUUCCAGCACAGACUUCUGCUCCAACCACUCCAGACUCAACACCCAGAUCCUCCAGAACAAAGAAACCCACAACAAAAGCUGCCGCCCUUGCUCAACAGCACACCACCCAGCCUGCCCCACCAGCAGCAGUGGCCGCACCCAUACCACCUCCAGUACCGCCAGUGGCACCACCCCCUGCCGUUGUCCCGGAACCUGUAGAGGACUAUAACAGUGACUUACAGGUGGACGACUGGAGCAGCGACCCCAAUGAGCCACGCUACUGUCUGUGCAACCAGGUGUCUUACGGAGACAUGGUGGGCUGUGAUAAUGAUGAUUGUCCUAUCGAGUGGUUCCACUAUGGCUGUGUGGGCUUGACACAAGCACCAAAGGGCAAGUGGUACUGUCCGCAGUGUACAGCCGCCAUGAAGAGGCGGGGCAGGAGGUGACAACCUCCCAACUUGGAGAGAGUGAGGACGUUUGUGCUGUGUAGAUAUUCUGACUGGAUAAGAGUUGCUGUAUGUGUACUUGUGUUGAUGUUGUGCCUCUGUGGACAGAGCAGCGUCUACUCGGAAAGUAAGGGAUCCAAGUGUAAUGGAGAGGCUUCUACUUGGGAACUAAGUAUAAUAGACAUGUGUCUUCUUGGGAACUAAGUAAAGUAGACAUGUGUCUACUCUGGAACUGAGUGUAAUGGAGAGAUUUCUACUCGGGAACUGAGUGUAAAAGACAUGUGUCUACUCGGGAACUAAGUGUAAUAGACAUGUGUCUACUCGGGAAUUAAGUGUAAUGGAAUGGCUUCUACUUGGGAACUAAGCAUGAUAGACAUGUGUCUACUUGGAAACCAAGUGUAAUGGUGUGGCUUUACUUGGGAACUAAGUGUAAUAGACAUGUGUCUACUUGGGAACCAAGUGUAAUGGUGUGGCUUUACUUGGGAACUAAGUAUGAUAGACAUGUGUCUACUUGGGAACCAAGUGUAAUGGUGUGGCUUCUACUGGGAACUAAGUAUGAUAGACAUGUGUCUACUUGGGAACCAAGUGUAAUGGAAUGGCUUCUACUUGGGAACUAAGUGUAAUAGACAUGUGUCUACUUGGGAACAGGAAGUAGAUGAUGCUUGUGGAUGAUAUCUGUGGAACUUUCUUCAGUGGAUGUUGUGUGAAGAUGUUCAACAUACAAGGAUGCUUGAAUGUCCACUUGCCAUGAUUGUGUGAAAAGUUCUUGUUCAUAAUGUAAUGUUAUUGUGAUCCCACCGAUGAUUCUGUAUCACAGUCCUCUGCUUGUAAUUCUGAGCUGUCAGAACAAUCCUAGUUACCAAAUUUGUCAACAUUCACAAUCUGGUUUCUCAAUAUAUGUCUUACAGUGUUUUGUUUGCUAUCUUUUUAAUCAAAUCGGCAUGAUUAAUUUGGCUCUUACAGAAUAGUGACAUUUUUUAUUCAUUCAAGCAUCAGCAUCAUGCUUUGCAAAAUUUCCAGUUCCUUGAUUUUUCUGGCAAGUGCCAUGAUUGCUAACAAUUCUUGAUAGAUGGUAUGACCUCAGAAGAAAACAGAAUUAAACAGGAUAUCAUGUUGUUGGAGCCAGGAGGCAUGUGUAGACUGCGUUCCCCGAGACGUUUGUGUUACCUGAGUUUCCAGAGGCGUCUGUGUGGCUGGUGUUCGAUUGUCUGAUGUUGUGCAGGUGUGUGUGUAGCAUGUGAACAAGGAGCGACCAAGUGUGCAAAUGGUUGUUAAAUGCUGGACAUUUCUAUGAAAUGAGCCUUGCAUGUUACUGUUGUGACAUGUUUACCCUAGGAACAUAAUACAAAUAUUUAUUCUUUCCAUGAGAAGCAUCAGAAAUGUUCAGAUGGAGCAUGUGUGGAGUAAGUUAGUGAGAGGUACUUCCGACUUGUCAGGACACUAUGUAGUGCUUCCAUUUGGAAAGUCAACUUCGUUGCAACUUGUGAUAAAAUUAAACUAUUCUCUACUUCA